AUGAAGUUGUUGAUGUUUAAUAUAGACCAACUGCCUACAACGCAUCAGUGGCGACCUCCAGAUCACCCACGGUUUAAAGCUAACUACGACGGAGCCGUGUUCAACAACAUCAAUGCGGCUGGAAUUGGAGUGGUGAUUAGAGAUUCUAAUGCUGCAGUGAUUGGUGCCCUCUCAAGACGCAUACCACUGCCGCAAACGGUGGAGGAAGUGGAAGCUCUCGCAUGUCGUCAAGCUGUGCAUCUGGCCAGGGAGAUUGGCAUCAGCGAGGUAGUAUUCGAAGGUGACUCCGCGAUCAUUGUUCAGGCCCUCAAACAUGGUCAAGCAGAUCAAUCCGUGUAUGGACAUAUCCUUGAUGAUGUUAUUCAACAAACAUCCCAGUUUCUUUUUUGUGAAUUCAGUCAUGUUUCCCGUCUUUGUAAUAAGGUAGCAGACUUCCUUGCUAAGAAGGCUAGAGUAGGUUCAGUGUCCCAAGUUUGGUUAGAAGACUUUCCCAGGGAAAUUACUUCCUUGGCUUUUGCUGACUCUGUUUAA